AUGGCGAAUGGCAUGUGGACGCGCAUGGGCGCGGGCGGAACGUCCAUCAUCAUCGCGCCAAAGGUUGUGUCUCCGGAGCUCGAGGCGAAGAUCAAGGAGUGCAUUGAAGCCUUCAUGCUCAAGAACAAGGACAACGCGGACGCGCGCAGCCUCAAGGUGGUGCGCCAGCACGUCGAGAAGACGCUGAGCUUGAGCUUGACGCACCACAAGGAUCUCGUAAAGCGCAUCAUGCACAGCAUCUUGCAGCGCUCGAGCAUGGCAGCGGAUGCGAGCACGAUCGUCAAGGAGCCAGUGUGGAAGGCAGAGAUGCGAUCGGCGGCGCUCAUUCCCGGCCUCCGGUACCUCUACCAGAUCGCCAAGGCGCCAGACGUGUUUGCCAUCUGCGGUCUCGACGCAAUACAGUACCUCUGCGACCUUGCCGAGAUCACGGCCGAGCGCGAUGUGCAUCGCACGGUCUUGGUGUUUGCGCGGCAGCUCGCGAGCCAGUACCUCGACACACCCGUCCUGCCCGAGUGGGUGCCCGGCACCGCGCCGACGCCAUUGCAAGUGCUCGACUGCAUCUCGUCGGCCUACACAUUUAGCUGUUGCCACAUGCAGCAUCCUCGGCUCCUCGAGCUGCGCUACUUUCUGAGCAACCAAAUGACGCCGUACACACCCAUGGACUACUUUGGGUGGGACCCCGCGACCGCGUGCGCGCACUCGGACUCGAAGCAGUCGUGCUAUCAAAAGCUCACGAACGCACUCACACUCACGUGGUUUGCAGCGCGCCUCGACAUCUUCAUCGGCUGCACCUACGCCAGCGUGUUGAAAUGGGUCGUGACGCUGUAUCCAUAUGCGCCGCCGCAUGAGCUCACGGACAGAGAGUACUUGGACCAGUGCUACCUCGUGGCACGUCUCGUGCUGACACUGACCCACCACGGAUCGUUGCAGCUGGCGCUUGACCUCUUGCCGCACGAGUACCACUUCAUGGUGCAGCACUUUGAUACGCACUUGGCUCGCAGCGACGUGCACCUACUCGGCGUCUUUGCCCGCGCGCUCAAGUGCUUCCAGCCGACGCCCAAGGCCGUGCUCGAGCGCGCCAUGGCCUUCAUGCUCUGCGUCCAACAGCCGGACGGCGGGUGGCGCCAGCGCGAGACGGAGACGUCCGAAGAACUCGUGCACAAGGCCGCGGCUGCGCUCUUCACGCUCUCGGAGCCGCGCUUCAAUGGGUAUGCGCCAGCGCUUGCCGACGCGUCGAUUUUGCAGCACCUCGAGCGCCUCGCGGCCACCGAGCACGAGCGCCGCGUAGCGAGCGCCGAGCAUUUAGAGUCGGAUCUCAAGCGCAGCCGCAUGAAGGCGAGUGUUCGGGAAGUGCUGGCAAAAGCCGCGACCGUCGAAGCCGCCACGCCACUGCUCGGCGCCGACUUGUCGCGCAUUCUUGCGCUUUUGGAAGCGACAACCGACAUGAAGGCGCUCGACGAGUUUGUGGCGCUGGAUAUGCUCACGGCGCUCAACACGAUGCGGCUGACGGUCGAGACGCUCAAGGCCACGGGCCUCGGGCGGAGCAUCAACAAGCUGCGAAAGCAUCCGUCCGAGCACGUGGCCAACGCGUCCCAAGCACUCGUGGCCAAGUGGAAGAAGGAGCUGUUGGGCUAG